GCAUGUGCGCACGCAUACAAAAGAGUGCCCCUACCAGUGCCACCUGUGCCAACAAGCAUUCACUCAGAAGUCCAAUCUGACUCGCCAUGUACGCAGCCACACAUGAGAGCGUUCUUUUUCCUGAACCCACCGCAGCGCCUCGUUUUCGUGGCAUCAGAAACUCUAUAUCCAUGUGUCCUGUCACACUGAGGAGAAGCUCUAAAGGUUUCAUGUCAUCAGGGUCACUGCAGCAGUAUGACUCACUCGUGUCAAUGCGUGGCAAUCUGCAUUCCUGCCGGCUGUGCGAUUACGUGACCGCAAUAAAGUCAAGCAUGCAAGCACAUCUGCGCAUACAUACUGGCGAGCGCCCCUUCAAGUGCCACUUCUGCCCUGAGGCAUUCACUUGUCUUUCUAACUUAAAGCGACAUGAACGCACACACACUGGCGAGCGCCCCUACAAGUGCCACCUCUGCCCUGAGGCAUUCACUGAUGGUACCAGCUUCAAGCAGCAUGUCUGCACCCACACAGGCGAGCGCCCAUUCAAGUGCCGCUUCUGCCCAGGCAAAUUUACUCACUGUACCACCCUGAACCGGCAUGUCCGCACCCACACAGGCGAGCGCCCAUUCAAGUGUCCCUACUGCCCAAGCGCAUUCUGCGACAGUUCCACCCUGAACCGGCAUGUCCGCACCCACACAGGCGAGCGCCCAUUCAAGUGUCCCUACUGCCCAAGCGCAUUCUGCGACAGUUCCACCCUGAAGCAGCAUGUGCGCACGCAUACAAAGGAGUGCCCCUACCAGUGCCACCUGUGCCCACAAGCAUUCAAUCAGAAGUCUAAUCUAACACGCCAUGUACGCAGCCACACAUGAGAGCGUUCUUUUUCCUGAACCCACCGCAGCGCCUCGUUUUCGUGGCAUCAGAAACUCUAUAUCCAUGUGUCCUGUCGCACUGAGGAGAAGCCCUAAAGGUCAGGGGCAUGGAGUUUUUCGUACAUCAAUCGGUUGAUCGAUUUGUUUGGCGGAACUGGUUACUCAACUGCAUGGAGAAGUUUCCGUGUUCAACCGUAUGGUUUCUUGUAUAUUACCUAGAAAGAAGUUGACUCCACUGUGAGAAUUCCACAGGACGACUGCAUCCAUGUGAUUUUAAAGCUGUGCUAGUUUUUUAGAAUAGAAGCAUGUCAGCCUUCUUUGUGCACAUUUUGUGGGAGUUAGUCGAGUUGAAGCACUUACUCUUUCUUAGGCUGCUCUGCAAGACAACAUUCCUACCUGUGUAAGACUCUGACCUGUAAUUUCAAACAAGAAAAAUAAAAAAUACAAAUGCUA